GUUCCCCCUCCCUGUUCUAUUCAGACCGAACACAUUGCAUCACACUUGUUGUUUACAUUGCAUAAACAGUCUCAGAAUCUAAUUGAUCUGACUGAAUUUGGUGGGAGUUCGGGGUCAUGUCCGCAGCAGACUGUCGAUGCGAGGUAGCUAGCACACCCUGUCUGUCGAGCACGCAGAUGGAUUUAGUCCACCCAUCUCUGGUCUUUCAUCGAUGACUCGCGAAUGCUAGCUAAUUGUGUAGCUAAUUCAAUCUAAUGUUAACCAAUGUAUCGCAAGUUUUAUUAUUUCAGCGGCAGAUGAAGGAUUUCGACAUUCAAUCGCCAAAACAAAUUUCAUAUUAAUUAAACUUUUUUUUAAAACUUUUUUUUUACCAAAGAAGAAAGGCCCUUUUCCAAAGAAACUACAACAACAACCCUCGAGCUGGGAGUUGCUUGUGCAUGGGCUACAGCUUGCAAGGCGGGCUUGGAAACCCCGAGGAUUCUCGGCCUCCUGGUGUUCGGAGGGAAAGAGAAGUCACCUGAAGUCAACAGAUGGACAAUGCUGAAGUGGACGUUUUUUGGGGGUGUUUAAGUGUAGGGUCUUUUUGAGAGACAACGGGACAUCAGCAUCGCCUGUGCUCGAGGGACUGAAAGACCCCCCCCCACGGACCUUGCAAGCGAUAGCGCGACAGACAUGAUGGAAGAACUGCACAGCCUGGACCCUCGGCGGCAGGAGCUGCUUGAGGCUCGCUUCACAGGAGUCGGAGUGGCCAAGGGUUCUGGAAUAAAUGAGUCGUCCAACCAGAGCCUGUGCAGCGUGGGCUCUCUGAGCGACAAGGAGCUGGAGACACCAGAGAAGAAGCCCAGUGACCAGAGAAACCGGAAGAGAAAAGGAGAGCAGUACGAUAAGGGAGGCGCCAGAAGUCACAAAAUUAGCGAUUAUUUUGAGGUGCAGCAGGGCAGUCCGUCGUCCACAGGCUCAGCAGCUCCCGCCGAGCCCUUCUCCUCCUCCUCCAGCUCCCUGAAGCCUGUUCUGCUCCACUCCUCCUCAUCCUGCCACAAAUCUACUCAGUCUGACUUGACGCUUGAGAAGCUGACAGCAUUAGAGAACAACAAGAACUCUGACCUAGAGAAGAAGGAAGGACGGAUAGACGACUUAUUGAGGGCUAACUGUGACCUGCGGCGCCAGAUAGACGAGCAGCAGAGGGCGCUGGAGCGGUACAAGGAGCGCCUCAACAAGUGUGUGACCAUGAGCAAAAAGCUGCUUAUCGAGAAGUCGAAGCAGGAGAAGAGGACGUGCCGGGACAAAAGCAUGCAGGACCGCCUGCGACUGGGCCACUUCACCACCGUGAGACACGGAGCCUCCUUCACCGAGCAGUGGACCGACGGAUAUGCCUUCCAGAACCUCAUCAAGCAGCAGGAGAGGAUAAACUCUCAGAGGGAGGACAUAGAGAGACAGAGGAAGCUGCUGGGUAAGAGGAAGCCUUCUACCACCACCACCACCACCACAACGGCCCAGAGCCUCACCCUCCUCACCACCCCCAACACCAUGGAGCCUCCAAUCGCCCCCAACAGCUCCGGUAACAACAAACGCAAGAGCAAGACCAACGGACAAGACAACGAAGCGUUGUCACUUGCAGAAUAUCACGAGCAGGAGGAGAUUUUCAAACUCCGGCUUGGGCAUCUAAAGAAGGAGGAGGCAGAGAUCCAGGCAGAGCUGGAGAGGUUGGAGCGCGUCAGGAACCUUCACAUCCGGGAGUUGAAGAGGAUCCACAACGAGGACAACUCCACAUUUAAAGACCACCCCACGUUGAACGAUCGAUACCUGCUAUUAUAUCUACUGGGACGAGGUGGCUUCAGUGAAGUUUACAAGGCCUUUGACCUAACGGAGCAAAGAUACGUGGCGGUUAAGAUCCACCAGCUCAACAAGAACUGGAGGGACGAGAAGAAGGAGAACUACCACAAGCAUGCCUGCAGAGAGUACAGGAUCCACAAGGAACUGGACCAUCCCCGAAUAGUCAAACUGUAUGACUACUUCUCACUUGACACAGACUCGUUCUGCACAGUGCUGGAGUUCUGCGAGGGCAACGACCUGGACUUCUACCUGAAGCAGCACAAGCUGAUGUCUGAGAAGGAGGGCCGCUCCAUCAUCAUGCAGAUCGUCAACGCCCUCAAAUACCUCAACGAGAUCCGUCCGCCCAUCAUCCACUAUGACCUCAAGCCAGGCAACAUCCUCUUGGUGAACGGCACGGCGUGCGGCGAGAUCAAGAUCACCGACUUCGGCCUGUCCAAGAUCAUGGAUGACGACAGCUACAACUCUGUGGACGGGAUGGAGCUGACCUCCCAGGGAGCAGGGACUUACUGGUACCUGCCCCCAGAGUGUUUUGUGGUCGGCAAGGAACCCCCCAAGAUCUCCAACAAGGUGGAUGUGUGGUCGGUGGGGGUCAUCUUCUACCAGAGCCUCUACGGACGCAAGCCAUUUGGACACAACCAGUCCCAGCAGGACAUCUUGCAGGAGAACACCAUACUGAAAGCCAAAGAGGUGCAGUUUCCCCCCAAACCUGUGGUCACCACAGAAGCCAAGGCCUUUAUCCGCCGCUGCCUGGCCUACCGCAAGGAGGAGCGCAUCGACGUGCUGCAGCUGGCCCAAGACCCCUUCCUCAUGCCCCCCUUCCGCAAGGCCCUGGCCACUGGAGCUGGGCCGUUGGUGCCGGGCUCCACACCCUCCACCUCCAGCGCCUACAACAGCAGUGCCUCGAACUGAGGCACCCAAAGCCACCCCAGAAGACCCCUGUGGGGGCCACAUUACUCAAACGCCCUCCCUUCUGGAUAGUGGGACGGGGGAAGGAGGAUGGAGGGGGUCAAAACAUACUAAAGGAUGGAGGAGGAUUAUCUGAAGUGACCUCCCUAUCCCCACCCCUCCUAAGACAUGAAGGGGCAGUGCCAGUCUAUGGCUUUUCUGUAAGACCCAGUGGCUGUCCACGUACAUGUACACACCCCUGCCACAAAGAAGAGAAAGACCUUGCUCUGACCAGUGGGCUGCUUCAGAGGGCUAUAGGAAAAUGGACUGAAGUUAGUGUGUGUGUUGUGUUCAGGAAAACCAAACAGCUCAAAUCAAUUUGUAUUUGUCACAUACACAUGUUUAGCAGAUGUUAUUGCGGGUGUAGCGAAAUGCUUGUAAGCUAGAAGCAUGGCAGCCCUAUCUGUCGGCACCAUUUUCCUACAUAUCCAUUCCAUUUGUUUUGAGAGAGAGAGAAGCUUUUAAAAAUGUUUUUGCUUAAGUUGUAUCGUAAGUUGAACUCGGUAUUUCCUAAUAAUAUAAUCCAUUACACCCCCCCCCCCAAUGGUGAGCCAUGAACUUUUUUGAAGGGCUCAUGAUAGGGGAGUUUCUAUUUCUGAUGACCUAAGUUGAAAGCAUGCCUGGCUGAUACAACACUGUUAGGUUUACACUGACAAGUUAAAGAAAGCGGUCAUUUUCACUAGGAUUGUCACUUUUGACUGAUUUGAGCAGAUUUAAAUAUUUUCUUGGAUAUUGGAUUGGGAAUUUACUUGUCUAUUUUUUUCAUGAGGCUUUCCCUCAAAAUGUAGAGGGAGAGACUUAAUAGAAAUGCAUAUAAACCAUUACACCAAC